CGGCCAUUGAGAAAUACCGUACGAGCUGUGAUUGGUCACAGCUUGUCACAUGGUAAAAGGCUGUUGUGAAUAGCCUUGUACCAUGUGAUCAUUCACAGAUUUCACUAGUAGUAAGCAAUGAUUCCAGUGGCAGCGUGCUUUACACCACUGCAUCUGCCGCUUUGCAUUGCACUUGGUGAUGUAAGGCUUGGAUGCAGCUGCUUGGCUAUGGAAACCAAUUCCAUGUAUACAGUUGGCGACUUCUGCGCACUUCCACAUGCGCUGACCCCACUCUGUCAUUUUACGUGGCCUACCACUUGGUGGCUAAGUUGCUGUUGUUCUCAGUUGCUUCCACCUUGUUAUAAUCCCACUAACAGUUGACCGUGGAAUAUUUAGUAGCAAGUAAAUUUUACUGAUGGAUUUAUUGCACAGGUGACAACCUAUCACGGUACCACGUUUGAAUCCACUGAGCUCCUGAGAGCGACCCAUUCUUUCACAAAUGUUUGUAGAAGCAGUCUGCAU